AUGGUGGACGCAGAUUAUUGCUUUACUAACAUUGAUAUUGACAAUACUUUGAACAUAGCAAUGCAAAAUAACACACUUAACAUGCCUGAAAAUUCGGUCAUUGUUGGGGACGAUGCCUUUCCAUUGAGAACCAACUUAAUGAAACCCUACAGUAAGUCACAUCUUAAUAAUACUGAAAGGAUAUUCAACUACCGACUCUCUCGCGCAAGAAGAGUAUCGGAAAAUGCAUUUGGUAUUCUUGUGUGGCGCUUCAGAAUAUUUUCAAGACCAAUUCAAUUAAAAGAAACUACAAUUGACAAUGUUAUUUUGGCAGCAUGUAGUCUCCACAAAAGUAGCCCAAAUACUUAUUUUCCUGAAAAUGCCGUGGAUAGAGAGGAUCUUAACACGGGCAAUAUUACUUUUGGGCAAUGGAGAAACCACGUGAAUAAUCUGCCAACGGUUAGUCAUUUGGGAAGCAACAACUACAAAAAUUCUGCAGAGGAAGUAAGACGCAAAUACGCUAAGUAUUUUAUGGAAGACAAUCCUUUACCGUGGCAAUGGAAAAAAGUGGGAUUGGAAUUAGCUUGA